ACCAGACGCGAGCAAAAAGCUGCGGGUGGCCUCCCGCAAGCGCAAACAGCGAGUCAACGGCGGCAGAGGGCUCGUAAAAAACAAUAGAUCACUCGUGAGCCCGCGGAAUUGCACGAAACUCCCGUAAAUUAGCUUCUCCGCCGACCUCCCAUAAGCUGUGUGACCUGUGCGCUCGCUCGUACGCCGAACGCGCACCGAGCAGAAGCAGCAGCAGCAAUAUGUACGCCGCGCGGCAAAAGGAAGAAGACGACGACGACGACGAGGCGCACGCCGACGCCGCGGUCUUGGCGCAGCUCGACGCGGACGCGGCCGAGCUCAAGCUCGCAAGGGCGCGCGAACGAGCCGAGACGCCGGAUUUAGCCGCGGAGGACCGCGUGUGCUGGGCGGCCAUCGCGACGGCGGCACAUAUUGCCGUGUUGCAGUGGUUAGUGGCGGGCGGCGACGCCGCGAAGUUUGCUGCAUUGGCGCGGCCCCUUGCAUUUUUUGCGACGGGCGCGUUACUAGCGUCCUUGCUCCGGCCGGCGCUGGCGCCGCCCCUCCGCUUACCGGGUUUGAGAGGAGGCUUCGGCGACACGAUCUGGUCCUCGUCUUAUAUCGAGGAGAGCGACGUACAGCCGCAGCCGUCGCUCGCGACAUUAGCUGCGCGGAAAAGAGUACUACUAAGGCAGCGGAGCCGCAUCCACCAGAGCCGGACCGCCGUGCCCGGGGCGUCCGUGCCACGAGCUACGAAAGAGGGCGCACCCCGGUCCUGGGAGCCGUCCGAAGCUUCGGGCUUCCAGCUGCGCGGCGCGCUCUAUCUGGUGGACAAAAAAAAGUACGCGAGCGGGCCCGCGCUCUACGAACCCUUCGGGCUGGACAUUCUGCGGUGUCAAGCAAGGGUCUUCGACCUGCCGGGGAGGGCCAUACUGCCACCACCAACAACAGAAGAGAAAGCAUUACCGGGAUGGUGCCCUCGCAUUUUAACGCAGACCAUGUACUUCCCCGGCACGCCUCCACCCCUCGUGGGCCCCAAUCGUGAUACUGGAGACGGCCCGCCGGGCUGGCAGGUCGUGUGCUGGUGGCGCGCAUCUCCAUUAUUAUGUGAGUUACUACAAAAACCAAAAACAGAGUGGCCGCCCCACCUCAAGCUCUGGAGAGAAUACGUCGAGGGCGCCGAGACGGCUUCCGUCUUAAAUGGUUCCCUGAAGGGUGUCGGGAGCGUCGCGAACAUUCACCAGGAGAACAUCGGCCUACCUAGAUUGCUCCACCAGUUCAACGCCAAGCCCGUGCUCAUGGCCGCCGCGGCCCCGCCCUGGGGCGGCGACCGGCAGGGCGUGGUCCACGUGUCGCGGAACGAAGAUUAUUUGGAAUUUGGAUUAGAUGUCGGUGCCGACUUCGCUGCUACCUCGAAUCACGCUUUAUUUAGAUUACUCCCGAAGCUGCCGCGCCUGGUCAUGGACAUCGCCUGGAUCGUCGAGGGGCGGGCGCCGGAGUCGUUGCCGGAGAACGUGCUGGCCGCGAUGCGCCUGAACCACCUCGACUUCGAGGCGCAGGCGUGGGGCGUCGAGGACUGGCUCCGCGGGCCCGGCGGGUUCUCGAGCGGUGAGUCGCCCUAGUUGUUGUUCUAAG